GUUGUUUCAAAUAUGUUGACAUUAAUGAGCAGUGUUUGACUGCUGACACCUCAGAUGAGAAGGUCGGCCUUAUUGGCGUUGUGCAAUAUAUCCAUGCAGCACCAAAGUGGAGUUAAUAUUAGACAAUUAUUUCACAACCUGUACAGCUCGGCAAAAUACAGAGGUCCUCAAUGGUGGGUACGACCUCUAGGCCUACAUCCACUGGACCCACAAAAAUAUGGCAACAUUUGCCUCAGUCUGCUAUAUGUUUCAGUAUUAAUUUAUGUCUAAAUAUGCAACAAUGCCUUAGAUUCUCCUUCAUAAUACCUUGAAGCAAUUUAAAGUAGCCCAUAUAAGACACAUCUGAAAAUAUUCCCUUUUCUUAAAACUAAAUACUACACUCCAAUAGGUGGCACUAAUGCUCAUUAAAACAGUUUACAAACUAUCAUUAAAUGUAAAAGAAGAAGAUGGUCGUCCUAAAACGAAAGAACAGGAGAAAUCCAAGCAGAAACAGCUGAAGUCUGUGUGCCGUAAUAUAGUAAAGAUGGAGUUUAUUAAAGAGGAGAUUGAAGACAUGAGUGAUCUAGAACCAUCCAGAAUAAAACAUGAAGAUACUGAGGAACAAAUAGACUGGAUAGAAGUGAAUCAGCAAAGAAAAGACCUGAAUGAAGUGGAGGAGGAAAGUCGUACCUUCACAACUGAAGGUACAAAAGCCAAAAAUCUGCACACCUGCUCUCAGUGUGGAAAGAGUUUCACACAAAAAAGAAACCUUAACAAACACUUAAGAAUUCACUCUGGAGAAAAACCGUUUACAUGCACUCAGUGUGGAAAGAGUUUUUCUCAAGCAUCAGGUCUCAGUGUCCAUCUGCUCUGUCACUCUGGAGAAAAAUCAUUCAAGUGUGAUCAGUGUGGUAAAAAGUUUAUUUCACCAUCACAUCUAAAACAACACCUGAAAGUUCAUUCAGUUGAGAAGCCUCACUCGUGUUCUCUCUGUGGAAAGAGUUUUUCAAGGCUGGAUCAUUUUAAACUGCACCAGAAAACACAUAAUGAAGUGAGAGAUCAUGUGUGCUUUGAGUGUGGGGAGAGCUUUACUAGAGAUGACCAUCUGAAACAGCACCAAAGAAUUCAUACUGGAGAAAGACCUUACAAGUGCUCAUAUUGUGACAAGAGUUACACUGUGUCUGGAAAUCUGAAAGUGCACGAGCGAGUUCAUACUGGAGAGAAACCUUUCAUAUGUCAUCAGUGUGGAAUUGGUUUUGCACAUAAGGACAGUCUGAAGAAACACACAAGAAUUCACACUGGAGAAAAGCCAUUUGCUUGCAUUCAGUGUGGAAAAAGUUUCAUACAAAAAACACAUCUUAUCAAGCACAUAAGUAUUCACACUAAACAAAAGCUUUACACUUGCUCUCAGUGCGGAUGGAACUUCACCCUUGAACACAAACUUAAGAUACACCUACGUGUUUGUACUGGAGCAAAACCGCACACCUGUCCUCAGUGUGGAAAGAGUUUCGCGCAUAAAUCAAGUCUCAAUUGUCACCUGCGUGUUCACUCUGGAGAAAGACCUUUUAAGUGUUCACACUGUGAUAAGAGUUUCACUCGGUCAGGAACCUUAAAAAAACAUGAGCGACUUCAUUGCAAAACCACCAUAGACUGUUGAGAGACGGUAACACUACUUAUAUGGGAAGAGUUUCACCCAGUCAGAAGGUUUUUUACUCCCUUCGUAGAACUUGCUGAAAUUGACACUCAAAUGUUCACAUUUCUGGGUUUUGAACGCAGAGGUCAUCUAAAUUAGUGUAAAUAGUUUUUUUUGUUUUUUUUUUAUUGCACAUUUUGUCAGGCUGGCUUGUGUGCUAGGUACUAGGAUAUAUUAAUGCCAUCUGUCUAUGACUAUAAAUGUGUACUUAUAUAUAUAUAUAUAUAUAUAUAUAUAUAUAUAUAUAUAUAUAUAUAUAUAUAUAUAUAUAUAUAUAUAUAUAUAUAUAUUAUGGGUAGGGAUGGAUAUCGUUUAGGUUUUACUGGUAUUACUAAUCUUAUUGAUAUUGCUUAUCGAUCCAGUACUUUAAGGGUUCUUUUUAUUAUAUUUUUUAUAAAAAAAGAAAAGAAACAAAGUAAGAAAGAAACAAAGUGCAAACAAAUUGUCAAAUAAAUGCAAUAAAUAUACACUAAAACAAGGGUACAAUUAAAUAGUGCUUUAUUUUCAGGAAGGUCUACUGACACUACAGAUCAGGUAAUAUUACAAGAAAUCUAACAAAGCAAUCAAAUGUAAAAAUAACACUGCAGAGUUUUCACUGUAUAAAUUGAUAGAUUAAUGUUUAUUAAAGCUAAAGUUAUUCAUUUAAGAGCAGUGAGUGAUUUUCUCUUUGCCUUUUGUUGUUGGAUUCACAUUAAUGGCACAAUCUUCAGCAGAUUUAAUAGACUGCUGAAACUUUAAGAGAGAAUGUAGAUAUAAUAAUACACCAUAUUUUCUCACAACUAUUUAUUUAACGAUUUAAUUAAUCUGUAAGAACAUCAGAGCAGGUGCUCAUUUCUCAGUUAAGCCAUGCUAACUAGCAACUUUAACUAUUUAACUGCUAACUUUAAAUAUUUUAAGAUGAUAUGUAUUCAUUGGUUAUUGUUGUAUACUUUUAGCAGUUAAGUACUUUAAUUCUUCAAACGUAUUUUUAUAUUAUUUUUUUACUUAUACAUUGUGAUACUCUGAUUUUACUGGUAUGGCUAUUUUUGUAUUUUUGUUCAUUGCUGAAAUAUGUUGGUAAUUAUGUAUAUUUUAUUGAAUUCUAUAUGAAUAUAUUUAAUUUUGUUGAUGUGAAGCAUGUGUUAUUGAAUAUAUGACAGUAAAAUAAAAUAAUUAAUAUGAUUUACUUAAUUUCGCUUAAAACUAAUGUAUUUAGUUUUUUUAUAGAAUUUUUACUGUGUUAUAAAUUACAGAAGCUUGCUGGCUAUUUGUUGUAAAAAAUUAUUCUGGAUUCCAAAUAGCAAUUGCAUCACAGAAAAAUUGUUUAAUAUUAUUGCAUAUAGAAAUGAUAGAAUUUGCAAGAUAAUGUCUAUAGCAAUAAUAAAUAGUAUGUGCAUUUGCUUGAUUUCUCUAGUACCAACAGCAGAGCUUAUCAAUAGAACGGUCUUUCAUAAUUUAACCCUGUUUAAUAUUAGGUUUUGGUACCCAUCUAUAUUUAGAGGAAUAGCGGUACACUUAGGUCACGGUUUGGUAUGAUUUUGGUACAAUAGGAAAAAUUGUCUCACUUUAGUUAAGGGUCCAAUUCUCUCUAUUAACUAACAAUUAACUAUGAUGUUUACCUCAAUAAACUCUAAUUUUUGCUUAUUAUUAGUUAGUCAGGUAGUUGAUAAGUUUAGGUAUUGGGUAGGAUAAAGGGGUGUAGAAUAUGGUCAUGCAGAUGCAGAAUAAGGCAUUAAUAGUGAGAAUUGGACCCUAAACUAAAGUUUUACCGGACAAAAGAACAAAUCAUUUAUGGUUACUCACAUAACCCUGGUUCCCUGAGAUAACAGGAAUGAGCAUUGCAUCAGUUGUGAGAAUGAGCACUGCAACUCAGUUUUCUCUGAAUCCUGAAGCCUAUUCGGUUCACGUCUGUGCACCUAGACAUUGUAUGGCUAGGAUACAUUGAUGCCAUCUGCUUAUGACAAGUUAGUCUAUUAAUGUGUACUAUAUAUUGUUCUUAUUGUAAAUGAAAUUUUAAGAAAUAAAUCAUCUUUUCUGCUGCA